CUCGUGGGACUCGAGUUCUCAGGUUGUAACGGUUUGUUAAGCACCCGUAAGCUUAACGGAAGUAGUGUAGCUCGAGAGAGUCUCUCGGGAGACUGGAUUAGCCACACGUUGUGGUGAACCAGUAUAAAUCUUGGUGUGCUCCCUUUACGCNUUUUCCUUCGGGUUGAAGUCUUGGAGUGCGGUAUCUCCGAGCAAGUGUUGUUGAGGCUCGUGGGACUCGAGUUCUCAGGUUGUAACGGUUUGUUAAGCACCCGUAAGCUUAACGGAAGUAGUGUAGCUCGAGAGAGUCUCUCGGGAGACUGGAUUAGCCACACGUUGUGGUGAACCAGUAUAAAUCUUGAGAUAUUAUAAAAAGGGGAAGAACCCGCCAUUGUAAAGCAGGAGACAAUUCAAUACUCAAUAGAAGAAUAUUAUCAAGUGGUUACAUUUUCCUGAUUCAUAUUACGUUCUUGGUCCGCCAUCUGAUCGGGUUAAUCCCAUCAUUGGUGCUUUCAUUGAGAUAAAAACUGUGAGAUUAUGGCCGGACGAAGGACGAGACGUAACACUGCUGCUUCCGCCCAGUCGACGGUGAGGAGUGACAACCCUGAGCAGGGAAUGAUCGUUCCUGUCAAUGGGUUGGAAACGGCAUUGAAUAAUGUGGCUAACAUGAUGGCCAACCUAUGGAACGAUUGGAUAAUGCUCUUCCAGGAGCUCCAUGAUCCGGAGGAGGUUGAAAGGGAGAGGCAAGCCAUUGACAGACGCCGGGCGGAGGAAUUGGCCCGGAAUAACAAGGUGAAUGAAGGCCGGGCUAAAGAUGCAAGCCGGAUCGUCGGCGAUGGAAACGAGAACCCUCGGGGAUCUGUCUUUGAAAGGAUAUCUCGCCAGAAAGCUCACGUUAGUGAGAGGCUGGGGAAGAAUCCGGAAAAGGCACCCCAGGGUUGGAUACGCCCCCAGGCCAGCCCGGUGGCAUCUUCCAAUCGUGAACCCAGGCAGCGAAACGGCCGUGGCGCGAGCCAAGUGCUGGUCUGGUCAGUGAUGGAUUUGGAGGAGGACGAGGUUCAAAGCCAAGCCAGGGUCCCAGCACAACGGCGUCUGGGGCCGCCGGUGCCGGAAGCUGGUGAGUUCCAGGAUCUGAGGCAGCAGAUCCAGGAGAUGCAGAGGAAGAUAAACAAGGGUCGAGUAUUCACUACUCGUACGAAUACUCCCUUAGCCCCGGAGAUCUUUUUGGAACCAUAUCCGCAGGGAUUCAAAAUGCCGUUUGUUAAGCGAUAUGAUGGGGAGUCAGACCCCCAGGAACACAUAAACAGUUAUGUCCAAGUGAUGAUUGCCGUAGACGCUAGUGACGCACUUAUGUGCCGGUGCUUCUUGCAGACAGUUGACAGCAAGGUCGUGGAUUGGGUCAACCAUAUCCCUGCCGGAUCGAUCCGGACAUGGGAUGAAUUGGGACUACGGUUCCUAGAGCAUUUUGCCGGGAACUGCCGUCCCAAAAAGCAUUUCACUCACUUGGCUUCGGUGCGACAGAAGCAAGGAGAAUCCUUGAAGAAUUUCCUUAUCCGAUGGAGGAAAGAGUCCAGGGAGGUUGAAGGAACCGAUGAUUGUUAGAAUAAGUGACCAACGCUAGAGGGGGGGGUGAAUAGCGUUUGAUCGUAGAAAUCGCAGGAAUAAAAAAUUAAGAACGUGAAAAGUAAAGAGCGUAGAAAGCGUAAAGGGAGCACACCAAGAUUUAUACUGGUUCACCACAACGUGUGGCUAAUCCAGUCUCCCGAGAGACUCUCUCGAGCUACACUACUUCCGUUAAGCUUACGGGUGCUUAACAAACUGUUACAACCUGA